CGUGCGCCUGCAGGCGGGUGGCGGGAAGUGCAUUGGGUUUGAAAUCCGAAAGUCGGUGGGGCUGCGGGAGUUGUCUGAAGCCCGGCUGUUGGCUACCGUGGGCGCGGAUUUGCUGUGGGGAAGGCGACUGGACUCAGGCCUGCCUGCGAAGCAUUGUCUUACAUGAUGGUAGAGGACGAACUGGCACUAUUCGAUAAAAGCCUAAAUGAAUUUUGGAAUAAAUUCAAAAGCACUGACACCUCCUUUCAGAUGGCAGGACUAAGAGAUACCUACAAGGACUCCCUCAAAGCAUUUGCAGAAAAGCUGUCUGUGAAAUUAAAGGAAGAAGAUAGAAUGGUUGAGAUGUUUCUGGAAUAUCAAAAUCAGAUCAGCAGGCAAAAUAAGCUCAUUCAAGAAAAAAAGGAUAACUUGUUAAAAUUGAUUGCUGAAGUAAAAGACAAAAAGCAAGAAUUGGAAGUACUGACUGCAAAUAUCCAGGAUCUUAAGGAAGAAUAUUCUAGGAAGAAGGAAACUAUUUCUACUGCUAAUAAAGCGAAUGCAGAGAGGUUGAAAAGGCUGCAGAAAUCUGCAGACUUGUAUAAAGAUCGACUUGGACUAGAAAUUCGAAAAAUUUAUGGUGAGAAAUUGCAGUUUAUAUUCACUAAUAUUGACCCUAAGAAUCCUGAGAGCCCAUUUAUGUUUUCCCUGCAUCUAAAUGAAGCAAGGGACUAUGAAGUGUCAGAUAGUGCCCCUCAUCUUGAGUGCCUAGCAGAAUUUCAAGAGAAUGUAAGGAAGACCAACAAUUUUUCAGCUUUUCUUGCCAAUGUUCGGAAAGCUUUUACUGCCACAGUUUAUAAUUAAUGUACAAAUAGUGUAUAUUAAAGCGGUUUAUUUUUCUUCUCUGUU